UAAAGUAGGCUUAGGCUCCUGCAUUUUCAAUUUGGUCAGGUGUUGGCGUUGUUGGUGCUAGGGUAAUGGUGGAGGUGUAAGGUGACGUGUACUGUCACUGUGUUAUGUUUGUUCGUAGGCUUUUCUAAAGACUGUAGUCUAAAUUUUUAUAAUAGCUAGUUGGAAUGAAUUAUUUAUAGAACUUACAAGUUUCACAUAAAAUAAUGCAAUUACCCUCCCUGACAGUGAUACUAUCUGUAGUAUUUAUAAUAUACAUAAUCCAUUCAAUAUGGCAUCUUGCGAAGCUCUUUAUUCCUCCCACGUGCUCUCCGGAUGUUCGUUGCAUCAAUUAUUUCCUUCGCCAAAACCCUCAACUUCAGAUGGUACUGUUCACAUGUCCCAGACUGAGACCUAGCAGUGAGCGGGACACAGAACUCACAACCACAAUACGCGAAUUUGACUACAAUACUGCCUUCGAGAAGACUAUAACUGUAAGACUGACAAGAGAGACGCUCAACAACGGCUCACUCUACCUGCAUCUAUUUGUGUUGCCCCGGCGAGUGUCUGUAAAUCACUGGAAUGACGCGAGCCAAGCGAGUGACCGUGUCUACACACGUGUGGCUCUGUCUCAUUACCAAGUGCCUUCCAGUGCAACUUACCAAUUGCUCACUGGUGGGGUGGAGAAGAAGCAGUUGAAGCCAGUAACGCACAUAAAGUCUAGUAUCGGAGUAAAUGUCCUGACAGGCAUCACAGCACUUCCUCUGAUUGGGAUGCCAGCAGAACUUCAGCCUUACCUCAGCACAUCCCAAGAUGGAAAUUUUUUGCCAAUUGUACACUUUGAUAUCAUGAAAGAUCGGCUGCGCAACCUGGUGGAAAUAAGUGGAAACUCAACAGUUGACAUCAAGUUCAGCUACGCUCCUGUAUCAAUCGGGCCACUGAGGCUGAUGCUCCAUUUGAACCUUGCAUUUGACUCACUUCGCUCUGUUGGUUUUGCUGACAAAGAUUUAGAUGAAGUCAAGGGUAUUUUCGCAGACACGAACAUUUACCUCCUCUGCGCUACUGUUUUCAUAUCCUCAAUGCAUGUAAUAUUUGACUUCCUGGCGCUUCCAGUAUUGAAAAAUGUCAUCCCAAUUCUCCAAGAUCCGCUGAUUUACCAAGAAGUGUUAGAUAAGGGACUGCUUCUCUGUCACCGAAACGAACAACAAAAUUCAGAAAACAGAAAAGCUGAAGAGUUGUCUCUGGUGGAAGAGAAGAGUGUCGAUGCUGGCAAGGUUUCUCUCACUGUAGUUGCACCGACUGGGCGGGCGGCCAUAUACGGAACUGGCAGUGCCUACUUUCCCGGCCAUCAGCCCACAGCUUCCUCGGUCUUGCCAAUAACAUUAAUUGGACAACACAAACAAAAUUGCUCAAACAACUUGCCAUCAGUGAACGAGGACAGAUCUCCUAAUCCGGCCCAAACUCAACUCUGUGAGCAACCUAAAUCGCCUCAAUUCAACCACCAGACUAUGCAGCCUGGACUUCACUACACAACUGGUCCAGAGGUGAUGUCCAGCCAAGAAGCAAUGAGAGAUAAAAGGUCUAACAUCAAUCUAGAUACAGAACAAUCGGCAGUGGAGAGGGCCCCAGCAAGCUUCGUGACACUGUACGGGGAGCAGCUGAGACCGCAAAAUCGGACUGGUGAUGUGUUUGUGGUUCCGGGAGACCUCACAUUUUCUGAGGCUCCUAAAGCAGAGUGGCAGAUGUGGAAGGUGCAGAAGGUAACUCCGGUGGACUGGCGUAGGCUGAGGCUGAAGCCGCUCACGCUCACCGAGGCCGAGCAACAGACUCGCCAGUUUGACUCGGAAAGCAUGAGAUAUCUCUCGUACGUGCUCUAUCCACUUUGUGUGGGGGCAGCAGCGUACUCUCUCAUUUAUGAAUCUCAUCGCAGUUGGUACUCAUGGUGUAUCCACAGCCUAGUAAACGGUGUUUACGCAUUUGGGUUCCUGUUUAUGUUGCCCCAACUGUUCAUCAACUACAGGCUCAAGUCUGUGGCCCAUCUACCGUGGCGCUCCUUCAUGUAUAAGGCUUUUAAUACAUUUAUCGAUGAUGUCUUUGCUUUCAUCAUCACUAUGCCGACAGCUCACAGGUUGGCCUGCUUCCGGGAUGACUUUGUUUUUCUCAUUUACCUCUACCAGAGAUGGCUGUACCCUGUAGACACAUCAAGGAUGGACGAAGCAGCAAUAGCAGGCGGUGAAAUGAAAAUUGCAGAUAAAUCAAAGGACAAGAAGACGCAAUAAACAACGAGCAUUCCGAUAAAUACUGGUGAUAUUUUUUCUUAUUGUAUUUGUUAUUUAUUUUACAAUUGACGGAAUAAAGUUAGACAACUUU